AUGCUCAAAUCCGUGGCCCUGUCUGCAGGCCUGAUCGCAGGCGCCAACGCCUUUUGGCGUAUGGAAUGUCCUGGUUAUAUCGGCCGUGCAAGAUUGGACCCCAUCGUCAGCCCGAACAAAACCUCUGCUCACGCCCACACUAUUCAUGGAUCUAAUGGCUUCUCGGAAUUUGCCGACACCAACGAACUGCUUGCCGGCGAUUGUACCUCCUGUCGUGUUAGUCAGGACAUGUCCGCCUACUGGACGCCCGCUCUCUACUUCAAAGAUGCCAAAACGGGUAAAUUGGAGAUAGUUCCCCAAAUCGGCGGCAUGCUUGCGUACUAUUUCCUCAAUGGGGACAACAUCAAGGCCUUUCCCGCUGGAUUUCAAAUGGUAUCUGGGGACAACGCCAGAAGAACUUAUACGCUGGGAGGCCCAGAGCAGCCGGACCCCCCCAAGUCGCAAUGGGCUGCACUUGGCCAGACGGGCCAGAAGGAUCUGGAACAACGUGCGAUUGGCUACAACUGUCUCGACUACAACAAGGCGGCCGAACCGACGUUGGCUCGACACUUUCUUCCCGGAAAGGACUUUUUGAAUAAAAAUUGUGUCAAUGGCCUCCGAUUCGAGAUCGCUUUUCAGUCUUGCUGGGAUGGCAAAAACCUUGACAGCCCAGACCAUAAGAGCCAUGUGGCUUACCCUGACCUGGUCAUCGAGGGUAACUGCCCAAAGGGGUAUCCCGUACGAUUGCCUACCCUAAUGUAUGAGACGAUCUGGCACACCUAUUCUUUCAGGGACCGUGAUGGAAUAUUUGUGCUCUCCAAUGGCGACACUACGGGAUUCGGCUACCAUGCCGAUUUCAUGACAGGUUGGCAACCCGACGUGCUCCAAAAGGCUAUCGAUCAAUGCAGAAACCCCUCCGGCCGUAUUGAUGACUGCCCGGUCUUCCACGUCGUCGACGAGGGCCUGGCCAAAUCAUGCAGAGCGAAGAGGUCGGCCCUUAAAGAGUUGUCUAGUGAGGAUGUGCUUGGGCCCAUGGCCGACUUACCCGGAGGCAUCAAGGUUGGUGUUGGUAGUGACGACCAAGGCAAUGAGCCUGCUGCCAUUCCUAGCUCGGCCGCCAUCUCCAGUUCCACCAACAGUCCGGUUAAACAGCAGCCGCCGCCGCCGCCGCCACCACCUCCGCCACCCCCCCCUUCGACCCCUUCGCCGCCACCGCCCCCUUCGACUCCUCCGCCCCCGUCGCCGCCGCCGCCGCCGCCGCCACCGCCGAAUGCCGCCGCUUCUCUCGGUCUAGCUUUUAUUGAAAACGCCGGCCCUCCCGUGCCUGAAUCCACGACCACAUCUACAACGCCCCCCCCGGCUCCGCCGGCGACACUGUCUGCCCAGCCCAGCUACAGAACUGAAUGGACCACCAGUGGGAAUGUGGUAAUCGAACUUCUCGUGGCGGAGAUCACGACUACGAUGCUCGUCCCCUCGACCACUUGCACAACUACAGGGGCUCAUGAUCAUCGACGUCGACACUUGCACCGUGGACACGUGCAUGCAUGA